AUGAAACAACAGAUUCAAGUGAUCAAAAGUACCAUCACGAAUUUCAACGAAACAGUCUCAAAUCUCAAAUUAAAUGAAGUCACUUUGAAUGAAAAUAUCAAAUUAAUGAAUAAUUUUAUUUCUUCAUCUCGCCUAGAAAAAUUUGAUGAACAUUUGAUUUUAAGAAUUACUGAUCAUGUUAAUUUAUUGAGUGAAUUGACGAAUAGAAUGGAGACUGAAUUUGAUAAUUUAACUUCAGCAAUAUUAUUUGCAAAACAAAUAGAUGCUAUUUUUGUAAAAGAAAUUUUGAUCUUUUCCAUAAAAAUUCCCCUUGUUCAUUCUCAAAAAUUUCAUCUCUACAAACUUUUACCUUUUCCUACUCCUUCUACUCAAACCCAUUUAUACCAUUAUAUUGAACCUUCUUUUGAAUAUUUGUUAAUUUCUGAGUUAUUCACCAGAUAUGCAAAAAUCCCAAGUUUUGAAAAUUGUAUUGAACUCCAUGGCUCUAAUCAUUUAUGCUAUGAUAAUAUUAUUUACAAAGCAAAAAAUAGUCCAAUUUGUGAAACUAAAUUACUUACAUCUACCAAAACAGAAAUCCCUUCAGAUUGUACUUUAAAAAGCAUAAAAAUUGAUGCUGAAAUUUGGGAACCCUUGAAAGGAAAUGAAUGGAUUUUCAUUUUAAGCAAUUCCACCAAAUUAUCUGUAGAAUGUGAUGACAAAAAAUUAAUUGAAGAUAUUCAACUACCUCAUAUUGGAAUCUUGUCAUUGGAUCCAAAUUGCAGAGGAUAUACUCAUAAUACUAUUUUAAAUUCUAAGUCUGAUGUCCAAGCCACUUAUCAAAAUAUUUUACCUUUUGCUAGCAUACAUGAAAAUAUUUAUACUUGA